CAUCACCGGGAAAAUCGACAUAUUUAUGUUUUAACAUUACUCAAUAAUAUUUUUUAAUACUUUCAUUAUCGCGUGGUUAAAACUAAAUUCUACUAUUUUCAAACAUUUUUAUCUUGCUUCAUUACGUCUUAAUGAAAUACUUAAUGGCGACUCAAUUCCGACUUUUUAGUGAAUAAAACACAUAUAAGACUGCACCCUUCUUUAUAAUAAUUAUGAUGGACUAUGCUUUUGCUAAUGCAAAUACAUAUUUAAUCAGGGAACGUAUAAUGGCAUCUAUUAUCUAUAAUUGUUACUCGCCAGAGCUAACAAUGGAGAAUAUCAAUAAUGUGUCUAUAAUUCAUUAAAAGACAGCAAUAAUACUCGUAAAAUGGAUUCUCCACCGUCAUGUUCACUCAGUGCCACGGGACCUUUAAGUGAUUUUGGCAGCAGUGGACUCGGCGGAUCUAUAUCGAGUGAUUCUGUUAGAGCUCAACUUGCAAUUGAAAUGCAAGAAAGUGACAUGGAGAGUAAAUCCUUGUCUCAAGAUUCUUUUGAUUAUUCUGAUGGUAUGUGUGGUCAAAAUUUUAAUACAUUAAAAAAAGGACCCGGCUGGGCAGAUCUAGAUGGCAAAUUGGAAGAAGUAGAAGUAGUUGACGUUGCAAUAAAGCCACCACCAGAAUUUCAAGAUAGUCCAUCGCCUCCGGAUUCGGUAUCAUCUAAUGCUCCAAUAUCAUGCUAUCCGCGAUUAUCUCACAAAAAAAUUUCUCAUUGGAUUGAUCAUUACGCUGAAGGAUUGAUACAACAUAUUAUAGAAGAAGCUCUAGCUAUCUCGUGUCGUAUAUCAUGGCCUGAAGGUCGAAUAGCUCAAGUAACAACUCGAACUGCACCAACACCAACAAUAACACAUAUUUAUAAUUCAAAACAACGCUUUUGGGCUAGUGAAAUGUUACCAUCAUCUUCAUCACGUCAAGCAAGUAGAGAUACUAUUAGCAUAACUCCUUACAAUACACUCAAUCGUCCAAAUUCCCGAUGUUCAUUGGCUUCCUCUCGACUUUCGAGUUCUCACAAUUCAAUAAAUACUACGGGAUUAGGUAAUAAAGCUGAUGAUAGUAGUUUUAUAACAUCAGCAAUGUCUCAUGAUGUAUUAACCACUAGUGAAAUCAGUGAUAUGUACAAUGUACCUUUUGAUUCCGACAUUUACACCGUCCCAAUUGACGUGGUAAGACCUCUUCAUGAACUACGAACGCCUCAACGUCCUAAACGUCAUCGUCAUCAUCGCAAACGACGAAGAAAUGUUUCAGCUAGUUCACAAAGUGAACUUGAAGCUCAUAUUCAACAAGCAAGACAUUACUGUGGUAAACCACGUGCUAUAACCCAUGUUAUUAAAUCUCAACGAUUAUUAGCUGAAGUGUGUUGCAAUGAAAGUGGUAAUGGCAAACGUCACAGUGUACCUGGCACAUCCGGGCGUCAUGGACCUCGUGUUUCAAACAAUAGUCACGUUCAUAAUAUUGGCGAACCAAUUCAUAUGACACUACAUGAAGUACGUCAGUAUUUAGAGACGCUUUACUCAAGCUCUAGUGAUUCAAGUGAAAAUAAAAUUAGACGUGAUAAAAUAACAAGUCAAACCCCUAUUCAUCUUGGUGUACCAAAGGGUCUUAGUGUAAAUAAUAAUAAUAGAUAUAGUAAUCCACAUACAGACUCUUCAACUGACACACCUAUUUCUAAUAAAACCUCUACUAAUGGACUAAUUAACAAUAAUAAUAAUAAUAUAAUAAAUAAUAAUAAUAAUAACAAUAAUAACAAUAAUAAUCAUAAUAAUAAUAACAAUAAUGCUAAUGCAAGAAAACAUAAAAAGAGCUCAUUAGUUAAUGUUAAACAUAAAAAAACUAAAGAUGAAACGCAUAAAGAUAAAGCCGAUACUGAUAGAGAAAAAAUUAAAAAAAGUCAACGCAAUUUUUCAUUAAAUCUUAAACAAACGUUGUGUAAUAUAUUUCGUUUUAAACGGCUUGGAUCACCCGAUCACUUUGUCGAAAAGAGAAAUAGUAUAGUUCAAGGUGAAAUUGUCGAAGAAGAAGAAAAUGAUUCUGAUCAACAUGCUAACAAUAAUAACAACAUGACAUCAGAUGUCGAUUCAUCGACACAAAAGUUGCCAUUCUUUAAACGUGCUCUGCCACCCUUACCUAAAACCAAUGGACAAAUUAAAGUUGAACAAGGAGAAGAUGCAUUAACAGCUAUCGAGUCUAAAGUUGAUUCACCCACAUCAAUUCAUCAUCCUUCCCCUCCACGUGAAGAUGAAUUACCGCCUGAAGAUACUAGUAUGGAUUUUGCUGCCAGUAUUGAAAAAGUUAAAGAUUACGGAUGGUACUGGGGUCCAAUGUCGGGUGAAGCUGCAGAAAAAAUUCUGUCAAAUGAACCUGAUGGAUCGUUUAUUGUACGAGAUAGCAGUGAUGAUCAUUAUAUAUUUUCUCUAUCAUUCAGACUCAAUAGUUGCGUCCGACAUGUAAGAAUAGAGCAUGACCAAGGUAAUUUUAGUUUUGGUAGCUGUACAAAAUUUAAAUCCCAUACAAUUGUGGAUUUUAUUGAGAAUGCAGUGGAACACUCGAGAAGAAGAUAUUUGUUUUUUCUUCAUCGUCGACCAGUUCUCGGUCCAAUGAGAGUGCAAUUACUUCAUCCAGUUUCAAGAUUUAAACAAGUUCAAUCACUUCAGCAUAUUUGUCGCUUCGUUAUAUUAAAAAUGGUGCGAAGGGAUUUGAUUCCAACACUUCCCCUUCCACGUCGGCUCAUUGACUAUUUAAGUACACCACAUUAUUAUAGCGAACAAUUAGCAGAACAAGAUGAACGUGCCGAGUCACCAGUAAGUUCAUCGACUGGUGAAUUAGAGAAGAUUUGUUUUACACCACAAGGCCUAUCGUGAAACGUACAAAUAGGUAAUCUUUUACUCGUCUUGGCAUGUACUAUAUACUUUAAUAUACGUAUAACAAAGCAAUCCAUAUAUUUAUGAAAAAAAAAAACAAUUUUUUCAUGAUAUAGAUAAUGCUUGAGAAACAUGGUAUAAUGAUAAACAUUAAGGAAAAAAAAAUCAUUUCAAUAAUAAUAUUACCAAAUUAAAGUUGAAUAUACACAAAGAAUAUCCUACAUUCAAAUUUUGAUUAUAAUAUUUUUUUUAUUUAUUUCGGUGUUAAUGGAUAAAUUUUUUUUUUUUCUGUAAAGAAGAAAUUGACACACAAAAAAGUGUACCAUUUUUGCGUAAAUUAUAAAUACGGACCAAUAUUUGAAUUCACAAGUGAGUUGUUUAGUUACAGAGUGUAAAAAAAAGUCAUUGAAUUAGACGUGUAGUAGGAUAUAAUUUAAACACAAUAAUAAAGACCACAUUAACUUUUAAGAAAAUUUAUAACGAAGAAAUAUGUCGAUUAUAAAACUAUUAUACUAUUAUUAUUAAUUGUACAGUACAGCGAAGCUCUUUUUCAAUCACUUUUUGGAAGUUUCGUAGCUUUUCAGUGCCUAUAUUUUGCAGUAAUAAGUAAAUAUUAGUGAUUAAUAGUAAUUUAAUAUUUCAUUAACAGUGAACUUAAAAGUUUACUAAAUUCCUGCCACAAUUUUUCAUUAUAAUCAUUUUCUUUUACUUCAUUUUAUAUUGUAUAAAAUUUUUUGAUUAUUUUUAUUUUUUAAAUUUGGAAGUUUGUGAUAAAACGGCAUUUCAAUAUGGACUAUUUGUGAUUAGUAUGUAAUUUUUUAUCAAAAUUACCCACUCUUGUGCCAUACUAACUAUUGUUAUUUAUUAAAAUGCAAUAGUGCAUGACCUAAAUGAAACUUUUUUCAUUUAAAAAAAUUAAAUUUUAUCUUUUUAUAUUCCUUUGUUACUUCCAAAAUACAAUACUUUCACAUUUUAUUCUCCUCGUCACCUAAUCUUAAACUAUACCAAAGUUGUAAAUAAAUCAAUUUACUACACAUCGUACUAAUAUGUAGAUUGAAAAAAUAUUAGAAAAUUUCUAAUAAUUAACGACAUUUCAUUUUUCGUGUCUUUUAAACUCAAUUGUAUUUGUUGUACUAACUUUUUCUCUUAAAGUUUUAUUUCCAAAUAUCUUUUGUACUUAUGCAUUUAUUGAUAUUAUAUCAAAAAUACGUUUCAUUAUAUUAUCGAACUUGUAUUAUUCUCGUUAUUAUAAUUGAUAAUUAAAAAAAAUUAAACAUAAACAAACUAUGUAUAUUAAAGUAAUACAGAUUUCCAAAUUAAAGUUCAUCAUCUCUAGUUGAAACAUAAAUUUAUGGCGAGUAUAAAUUAUUAUGUGAAAGCGAUCGACCAUAAUUCAGAAAUUGCUACAAAAAUCGUUAAAUAAACCGAAUUAAAUACGAACAUUCAUAAUGUUACAUCAGUUUUAAUUACUAUCUCUGUUGUCACCAAUUGUUUAUCGUUUUUUUUUAAAAUAGUAAAGAGAAAAAUGUGUGCAAAUAAUCUAUCAUAUGAUCCCUUCCUAUUGCAAUAAAUCACUUAAGAUCUGAGAAUAUCGUGUGUAUUUAAAAUUUAUGAAUUUAUAUCAUGACUGUGAUGCUUGUAUACAAGCCGAGCACAUUUAGAAAAAUAACAUUUAUUGUUUAAUUUAUAAAUAAUUCUUAUUUACCUAAACAAUCAUUCCAUUGAUUUAUUCAUAAGAAUAUAAUUAUUAUUUAUAAAAAGUUGUUUGAUUUUCAGUAAAUGUAAAAGUACAACAUCAACGAUAAAUUAGUUGAGCGAUAUUAAAAUUAAUUACAUUAAAUAUUCAACUAUAUAUCUGUUAUUUUUCAUUUUAUUGUGUUAAAAUUUACAUAAAUGUUUCUAUGUAUAACGUUGUUAUAAUAAUAGUUAUUUGUAGAAAUGACAUGCUAGUCAUAAUUAAUUAAUAUAUUUAAGAUUAGGCCUCGAAUCGAGAAAAAAAAAAUACUUAAUUUAGAUAUGAACAACCAGCUAAAGUUUCAAUUUCCUUUUGUAUUUGUAAACAUAAUUACAAUUAAAAUUGAUUGUUGUCAUUUUUAUUGUAAAGAAUGACCGAUAAAUGUUAUCAAUAGAUUAAUAUAUAAUAGUUUUUUAAACUUAUCUAUAGACAUAGUGUCUUAAUUCGGUUGGAGGCCUUGACUUAAAUUUAUAUUUUCAGUAUUUUUUGUUACAAAAAUUUAUGUACCUUUCUUAUUACA